UAUUUAUUUUUGUUUUUUUUCUAAUAUUCUCUUGAUUUAUAUCAAAAUCCGAGCCAUGGAUCAGCAGUCCAGUACUAGUCAAAACGAAUCUCUGCCCGGGGAGGAGGAGGACUCCUUUCUGUUGCCGCUGGACACAGAGGCUGCCGAAAUAGCCCGCCUACAACCGAAUUCAACCAAUUCACAAAUAGAAAAUCCGACAGCAGAAGAAGAUGACGAACGCAUUGCAAAGAUUCAGUUUCAUUGCUAUGCCUGUGACAUGAGAGAGAUGGUCCACUACUAUGGACGCGAACCACCUUUUGCCCUGGGCAUUGAAUUUCGCGAAGACACCUAUGUAAUGCGUGAUCCCUUCCAGGCUCCACCACCGCGCUGGCAAUCGAAGCCAGAGUUUUUCAUCUCAUUGGGUGUUCACUGUUCCAUUUGCUCUCAAGUGGUUUGCAAAGAUCCAGCCUGUAGUUACUAUUACACGCAAACCUAUUGCCUACCAUGCGGCAGCAAGGAGCUCAAAUCAUGGCCACCAGAGGCCCAAAUGCGAUUACGCAAACAACUGGAAGCCGCCAAUAAAAAGAGGGAGAAGCCACAGUAGAGUAUUACUGGCGAGAAAUGAAUAGAAAACUUUCUUAAAACUUCUUACUAUUAAUUUAAGUGUUUAAAUAUUCUUUCCAAUUUUAAAUUGUAAAUAAAUAUAUUGUUAAUAUGUUAUUCAUAUCAAA